AUGCGACGCGAGCUGAACUCCGGGCUGCUGACCAAUGAGAUGCAGGCUUUCCUGUCAUCCCAGCGGCAGCAUCCGCGCCGUUUCUUUUUGGCCGCCCUCAAUGUGCUUUCCGCCCAAAUGGAAGCAGAGGUGCUGAGCCCCCCGAGGAUGGCGGACGUCAACGGCAACAAGAAAAUCGCCGACGCCGAGCUGGAGGUGCUGAAGCUCCAGGAGCUGGUCCGAAAAUUGGAGAAGCAGAACGAACAAUUGCGCACGCGAGCCAAUAACGCCGCCAACAAUUGCUCCGUCGGCCCUCGUCUCCAGCCCGCGCCGUCGUGCCCGCACGCGGGCGGAACGUGCCCCGCGGAGCGUUUCUCGGUUAAACACGACGCGGCGGGUCCCGCGCGCUCGCGUCCGCGUGCCCCUUCGCCGCGGAGCCCGGCGGAGGAGCCGUUCGCCUACUUCCAGCCCACCUCGGCGUCUCCCGACGCCGCCGCGGAGGAGAGCGGACCGGACGGGGCCGCGACUGUCCUGGACGAGGUGGACGUUUUGGACCUCAACGCGGUGCUGCCCGUUAGGGAGCCCGACAGCUGGUUGUAUGUGAGUCCCAAAGCUAAGCUGCAUGGUGGGAGUGUCCUCAGCCCUCUUCAGUGGUGCAGGCAGGUCCUGGACCACCCGGGGCCUGAGGUGGAGCUGGCUAAGAUGACUUUCUGUCACAGACUGGACCAAGCAAAGCGGUGGCGAGGAGUCUCCUCGGUGCGUCCAUACAGCUGCAUAGAGGGGUUCUCCCCCCUCAGCUGCCCCGUCCUGCCUUACACUAAACCUGCUGCAAUAACUGACACCCCAGCACCGCUGUCCUCAUCUGGACAGUCCUUCCUCCAGCCGACUCUCCCUCUCAGGGCCAGCUGCAGCCUCAGUGACAGAGCACCCACCUUUCUAUCAAACUCCUCUCUGCACAAUGUUGGGCGUCGCCAUGCAACCAUCACGCCCCAGUCUUCCCUGGACAGUGAAGCAGGUGUAUCGGAGAUAGAGGACGACUCCAUCUCUAUGAGCUACAAACUGCAGGACAUGACAGAUGUGGAGGUCAUGGCAAGGCUCCAGGAGGAGAGUCUCAGACAGGACUACGCCUCUACCUCAGCCACAGCCACCCGCCGCAGCUCCAGCUUCUCCCUGCACUCCCUGAGGCGCAGCGAGAUGGAUCUGGAGGAGGAGGACGAGGAGGACGAAGGCUACGACCAGCUCCCUCCUCCUCAGCCGCGGCUCUUCCGCACCGGGUCUAUGCAGCGGGGCAGCCUGCCCCACUCCCACACCUUCUCCAGUAUCCGCGACUGCAGGCGCAGCUCGGCCACCUCUCAGUUCUCCCUCAGCGGACUCUCGCAGUUCUCUGGACCCUCCAGCCUGAUGGCAGAAGCACACACAGCGUACAGAAGCAGCACAGACAAGCUACGGAGAAGCAUGCCCAACCUGAUCCGAGCUCCCAGCAUGCCUAGCGUUCCCAGUAUUCCUUGCCUGGCAUCUCCUGCCAACCCGCCUUCCAACGGCCCUUCCUCUUUGCCAGCGAUGCCCUCCCUCCGGAGCAGCCUGAGCUUUGAUUCGUCCAAUGGACUUGCACGUCUCCAGUCCUCCAUUCCUUCCCCAGGCCAACUCAGCCAGCGAGUCCAGAGCGUGGGGAACUUCCCCACCAUGGCUCGACACCCGCUGAAGGCAACAGCCUACGUGAGCCCUACGGUGCAGCAGGGUCCCACAGCCAGCUCUCUGUCCACCUCCGCCAGCUUAAACUCCAUCCCCAGCAGCGCGCUGCCUCAGCCCCUCAAACCCGGCGGCGGUUUCCUACCGCAGGCCCUUAAAGGCGGCGCCAACCAGUCUGCUGCCCCACGCAGCGCCCUCCCCCGGCCGGCCUCUUUCAUAGGCGCCAGCGGGCUCCCGCGCGCAAGUAAACUCACACCGCCUACACGCAGUUUGCUGACUCCUCCAAAGAGCCUGGCUGCUUUGAGCGCCCUGAGGGACGGCAGCUGGAAGGACGGCUGCUACUGAACCCAAAUGAAGUGAAGUUUGAGAGGUGCACAGGGUAACGACGCUGCAUGGGACCCAACUGAUUUAAAACGAUGCUGCCAGGACGUCCCAGAGAAAGUGACUGUUAAAAUGAAUUAAAAGCACUACUCUUGACCGAAGGAAAAAGUUGAGAUUGGGAACAAUACGGGUCCAGCAGGCUGGACCUUUAAUACCUGCUCAAACACACGUGCACACACAAUCUCAAUAACAUGCAAUACACUGGAAAUCAGUUACUCAAUGUGAAAUCGGUACUGACCUCUUUUUUUUUUUGUCAUUCUCGAUAAGUGAUGCUCUAAUUCAGUUGAAUAAAAGGUUCUCUGAACCUGGAAGCUCGUAAAAUAGUAACCAUUGCUUUUGUAAAUGCUGUUAAUGAUUUCAUAUGAUUUUGCAACUUUUUUGGUGUCAAGAAUAAAGAUGAAACUGAAGUUGGAAUUAAGUUACUCCCCGUGCCUGUUUAAAGGUAGUGUAAUUUGUGUUUGUUAUAUUUAUUGGCUGGACCUUACGGCACAUUGCAUUAGAGCUAUGAUGAAUAUGAUCAAAUAACUUAUUUGCUUGGUUUCUUAUGUCAAGUAUGAAAUUGAUUUAUAUCAGUAAGAAAACUUAUGUUAUGGAUUUUUUUCUCUUUAUUCACUGUUUACAUGAAAGUUUUGUCUUUGAUCAACAUAAUGGAUGCAGUGAAAUUGCACAUACAGCCCCAAUGCUUUUUAUGGAUGACCCAUUAAAGAGGAGGUUAAUUUUUUGAAGAGAAUAAAAAACAUUUGAAAGUUUAUUGUUUCAGUCCUUAGUUUAUUUUUUAUUUGUUAAAGUUUUAAAUGUCCUGCAGGCUCCAGUGUUGCACCACUGUG